CCAUGUUUUGCUGUCAGAUGGUCGCUGUAUUUAUUUUCUGAAUUUUAUAGAAAAAUCUCACUAAAACUACAAAUAUUAUCCGUAAUUUAUAUCUAGUUCCCUUUAUUGUUGCCUAUAUUCGCGUUAACAGCGUUAAAAAUUGUUAAAUAUUGUAAAAUUAGGGCGUUUCAGUAUAUCCGGUCACGGAGUGAAAUUGCUCUGUAUUUUAGUGGUUUUUCAGUCCUAAAUCAUGUCUGUGAGUGAAAAGGUGUCGCUUUCUGACGCUCUAAGUAAUGUGGAUGUGUUGGAUGAACUCACUUUACCAGAUGAGCAGCCAUGCAUCGAAGCGGCUCCGUGUUCUAUUCUCUACCAGGCGAACUUCGAUACCAACUUCGAGGAUCGCAAUGGCUUCGUCACCGGCAUCGCCAAGUACAUCGAAGAGGCCACUGUUCAUGCCAACUUGAACGAACUCCUCGAAGAAGGCAACGCGCACGCAGUUAUGUUAUACACCUGGCGUUGCUGUAGUCGCGCCAUACCGCAGCCGCGAUCCAACGAGCAACCCGACCGCGUCCAUAUCUACGAGAGAACGGUCCAGGUCCUGGCUCCCGAGGUGGACAAGCUGCUGCAGUUCAUGUACUUCCAACGCAAGGCAAUCGAACGUUUCUGCGCGGAAGUCCGCCGCUUAUGCCACGCAGAGAAACGCCGCGACUUUGUGUCGGAAGCGUAUUUACUAACGCUGGGCAAGUUUGUGAACAUGUUCGCCGUGUUAGACGAGCUAAAGAACAUGAAGAGCAGCGUUAAGAACGAUUACUCUACGUACAGAAGGGCUGCUCAAUUCCUCAAAGUGAUGUCGGAUAGCCAAAGUCUGCAGGAAUCCCAGAACCUAUCCAUGUUUCUGGCAACACAGAACAAGAUUCGGGACACCGUGAAGGAUGCACUCGAGAAAAUCAAUGGUUACGAAGAACUGUUGGCUGAUGUAGUCAACAUCUGCGUUCACAUGUACGAGACGAAGAUGUAUCUGACACCGUCGGAGAAGCACAUGCUUGUGAAGGUAAUGGGUUUCGGCCUGUUUCUAAUGGAUUCCGAAGUGUGCAACAUCAAUCGAUUGGAUCAGAAGAAAAAGAUUCGCCUAGACCGGAUCGACAGGAUUUUCAAGAAUCUGGAAGUGGUCCCGUUGUUUGGUGACAUGCAGAUCGCGCCGUUCAACUACAUUAAGAGGUCCAAACAUUAUGAUCCUAGCAAAUGGCCUCUGUCGUCGAGCCCGAAUCCGCCGUCCCCUCAGGCAGACCUGAUGGUCCACCUGCCUCAGAUCAGGGAGGAGCACCAGAACUACAUAUCGGAGCUGGCUAGAUACAGCAACGAGGUGACAACUACCUUCAAAGAAGCCGGUUCAGACGGCGAGAACAAAGCCGUAUCCGAGCUAUGCUUGCGAGGUCUACAGCUGCUGUCAUCUUGGUGUUCAGUGCUCACUGAACUGUGCAGCUGGAAGCUUCUACAUCCCACUGACCACGCUACCAACCAGCGCUGCCCGCCUGACGCUGAAGAAUAUGAAAGGGCAACCCGCUACAACUACACAUCCGAAGAGAAAUUCGCCAUGAUCGAGGUGAUCGCCAUGAUCAAGGGUCUCCAAGUGCUGAUGGCUCGCAUGGAGACAGUCUUCGCUGAUGCAGCCAGGAGGUCCAUAUACGCUGAACUGCAGGACUUCGUUCAGCUGAUACUGAGGGAACCGCUGAGGAAAGCCAUUAAGAACAAGAAGGACCUUAUUAGAAGUAUAAUAGUAUCAGUGCGCGAAACGUGCGGCGAUUGGGCGCGCGGUUGCGAGCCGCAACAAGACCCGGCGCUCCGAGGAAAGAAGGAUGGCGAAGCUAGUUUCACGAUCAAAGUACCGCGGCGAAACGUCGGCCCAUCAUCAACCCAGCUGUACAUGGUCCGGACACAGCUAGAAGCGCUAAUAUCGGACAAGUCCGGCGGACGGCGGACACUGCGUAAAGACCUCGACGCGACCACGCUGCAGCAGAUCGAACAGUUCCACCGGUUGAGCUUCUACUGGGGGUACAUGCUCAAUCUGUCGGAUUCCUUGCAAAAAUGCUGCGACCUAUCUCAGCUGUGGUACAGAGAAUUCUACCUCGAGAUGACAAUGGGUAGAAAAGUCAACAAAUGCACAGUCCGUCAUCAACACAACGAGGAAUGCAACGACCUGGUCACCAUGGAAAAGCGAAUCCAAUUUCCCAUAGAGAUGUCCAUGCCGUGGAUACUGACGGACCACAUCCUGAGGAGCAAGGAGCCGGCUAUGAUGGAAUACGUUCUCUACCCCCUGGAUCUAUACAACGAUUCAGCCCAGUACGCUCUCACCGUGUUCAAGAAACAGUUUCUGUACGAUGAAGUGGAAGCAGAAGUCAACCUGUGCUUCGACCAGUUUGUGUACAAGCUGUCUGAACAAGUCUACGCGCAUUAUAAGCAACUGGCUGCCAGCAUGGUGCUCGACAAACGCUACCGAGCCGAAUGCGCGGCUCGCGGCGCUUCCACGAGCGCCGGCGCCGGCCGCUACGCCUCGCUGCUGCGGCAGAGGCACGUGGCUCUGCUGGGACGACACGUGGACCUGUGCGCCUUGGUCGCGCAGCGUAUAAACGCGGAUAUGCACCGCGCUCUCGACACCGCGGUCGCGAAAUUCGAAGCUGGCGACAUCACCGGUGUAGUUGAAUUAGAAGGCUUGAUCUCCGUAAACCGUCUGUGCCACAAGCUGCUCAGUCGCUACCUAACACUGGAUGAAUUUGAAUCAAUCCUUCGCGAAUCGGACCACGGAGUAUUGGCGCCGUACGGCCGGAUCGCUUUCCACGUGUUCUGGGAGCUGAACUACGACUUCCUGCCGAAUUAUUGUUACAAUGCUGCCACUGACAGGUUCGUCAAGUGCCGUGGCCUUCAAUUUGCCGCGGGUGUUCAACGGGAGCGGCCUCAGCAAGCGGGCCACGCUUUGCUGUGGGGUUCGAAGCAGCUUACCCUGGCUUAUUCGGCACAAUACGCGCAGUACAACGGUUUCGUAGGCGCAGUGCAUCUACACGCGCUAGUCCGCCUGUUAGGAUACCAGGGCGUGGCGAUGGUGGUGUCUGAGCUUCUGGGCGUUGCACGCGGCUUGCUGCACGGGACAUUGGCUCAGUUCACGCGGGCCUUACAGGCCGCCAUGCCGCGGCAUUGCAAGCUGCCGCGAUACGACUAUGGAUCUAACGGUGUGCUGGGCUACUAUCACGCGCAGUUGACCGACAUAGUGCAGUACCCAGACGCUCGCACGGAACUGUUCCACGCCUUCAGGGAGCUCGGGAACAUCAUACUGUUCUGCAUGCUCAUUGAACAGGCGCUGAGUCAAGAAGAAGUGACGGACCUCCUCCACGCGGCGCCAUUCCAGAACAUUCUGCCGCGUCCCUUCGCGGCGGAGGGCGAGAAACCCGAGGCCAAGCAGAAGCGGCUUGAGGCCAAGUACGCCGCGCUGCAGAUCGUGCCCAAUGUGGACAAGUUCGGGACCGCCAAGCAAAGCCAGCUAGCGCGCGAAGGCGAGCUGUUAACCCGCGAGCGCCUGUGCUGCGGCCUGUCUCUCUUCGCGGUGGUCUUGCGGCGCCUGCGCGCCUGCCUCGCCGCGCCGCAGUGGCCCGCCGCCGCCGCGCCGCCGCACCACGCGCCGCCACACGCGGAUGAUACGGCGGAGUUCCACAGAUUGUGGUCGGCCCUGCAGUUCCUGUAUUGCAUCCCAGUUGGCGACACACAGUUUACUGUUGAGGAGCUGUUCGGCGAAGGUCUCCACUGGGCCGGUUGCACCAUCAUCGCUCUAUUAGGGCAGCAGAGGCGUUUCGAAGCGCUGGACUUCUGCUACCAUAUCCUGAGGGUGCAACGGGUGGAUGGGAAGGAUGAACUGGUCAAAGGCAUCCCCCUCAAAAGGAUGGUGGACCGCAUCCGUCGUUUCCAAGUGCUAAACUCGCAGAUAUUCAGCGUGCUAGCGAGACACAUAUCGGCGGACGACGAGCGGGCGGGCGUCGAACACGUGAGGUGCUUCCCGCCACCUUCCGCCCCUCAACAUCAUAUGAAUUAGGGGGGUGAGUAUAGAUUUUGGGGUGAAAAUUCAAAUAUACACAGACAUAAAGAUAGAUAUUCAAAAAAAUGCACAAAAGCUUACAAUAUUAUAACUAUAAAUUGGGAGGAAAAUCAGUAGACAAUUGUAGACAAUUAAAAUAUUAUUAAAUGCUUCCCGCCGCCCUCCGCCCCUCAACAUCAUAUGAAUUAGGGGGGACGAAGUGAGUAUAGUUAGGGGCAGGAAUGUUAUGGAUAUCCGCAACCGUAACCGAAACUUUCGGAUA